AUGGACUCGCAUCUCGUUCCCCGCGGAUCAGAUCGCAACUAUACGGGAUUCUUGACCAAGACGAUUGUCUACUCGGGGACGCUGCUUAUGUUCUUGACCGCAUUCGGAUUGACUAUAUCUUCAAUCGUCGUCCCAAAAUGGGUCAGUUAUUCUAACCACAAGCACUCCUACUCCUAUGGUCUCCACCGCCGCUGCUCCUCCCUAACCGACACCUGCGAAAGCUUCCCGCAAGGCGAAGACUGCCACGGCGAAGGCCGCUACUUCUGUUCCAUGUGGCGCUCGGUCGGGUUCCUGAUGUCCUUUGCCGUGGUGCUCGAGGGCAUAAGCGUGGUUUCGUAUCUGAUUAUUUUAUCCGGUGGAAAAAGGCUGCGGGAGUCGGGGUGGAAGGUGCUCAGUUUGUUGAUUGUAUUGGGGGCGGUUGUGCAGGCUGCUAGUGUUAGCAUUGUGGCAUAUCUGUACGACAACGAGGAUCGGUUCUUUGCUGGGUGGAAGUUGGGAGAAAGUUGGGUUUAUUGCACAGUGAGCUGGGGGUUGAGUUUGGUUUGUGCGGUGGUGUUGGUUCUUGCUGCGAAUACGUUGCCGUCUGAAGGGGGGUAUGAGUUGAUUCCGGAUCAUUUUUGA